GUCUACUCUAAUCUAGCCUAGAAAGUAAACACGGACAGGGAGAGUAGUAAAGGGAGAUAUAAACCUUGAACCACAGCAGUUUAUAGGUCAUAAUUUCUACUAAAAACGACAGAAAAAGUCCCCGUAUUUCGACAGUCUUCACACGGUAUCACUAUCAUGGGUAACAAGUGUAGCUGCCUCAGUGCUACUGGGUCUACAGACGAGGCCGAGGAUGCUCUACUAGGAGGGACUGGUGAUUCACGGGAGCCUAGAGGACCACCACCGCCUUAUCAAAUUCAUCAUCCAUUCUAUAUGUUAACAGAGGAGCAAAGGUUACAUAUAGUUAGUAGGAUAACACUCAUCCAGAGUCUACCAGUCGGACAUUACGAAGCACCAAAAGUGAUGAUGAGUGAGAAGAAAAGUGAAAAGGACAAAACUGAUCAAGCAAGAGAAUGUCCUAUAUGUAUGAAUGACUUCAUACCAGGCGAGCUAAUACGUCUCCUUCCAUGCAUGCACUAUUAUCACAUUCGCUGUAUUGAUGAGUGGCUUAUGAGAGCCAUCACUUGCCCUACAUGUGUACAGCGUGUUGAUGCAGCCCCGCCUACUCAUCAAACCAGUCGCUCUACACCUCAUCACAACCACAGAAGAACUGGUAGUACUAUAAGUCAAGGAAGUAUGUCUAGUUUGUGUGGGUCGGCUUAUAGGAGGAGCAUGGAUGUUCUGACCACACCUCCACCUCCACCCACACAGUCUCCGUCAGUUUCACCGGCCGAUUCUAUGCAGGAGUUGUUAGUUGAGGUACAGCAUCACUCGUGAGAAUUGGAGUUUUUAUUAUUCACACAAGCAGCAUCUCUUCAUUCACUGUAUCAUAAUAUUGACUCAGAAUUAAUAUUCCAUUUUUCUUUGUUAAUUAUUUAUAUUUUCAACAAGCACCACACAUCAAUAACAAUUUUAUUAAAAAUAGUGAUAAUGUUAUUUUUUUGCUGUCACUACAAAUUGUUAUAUCAAAUUUUAAAGACAA